CUACCACCGCAUAUAACAAUUAACACCGCCAAUAGUAGCACUGCGACUGCCACCACGACGACGACGACUACUACUACUACUACUACUACUAUAACACCACCACCGGAAAAGAACGACGAUAACGACAAAGACGAAGAAGAGGAUGACGACGAAGAUGAUGAAUACCACAAUAAUCUACGAAAAACAACGCGCAAAAACGUUUGCUCAUGGUCAUCCACAUCAUCGUGCUUUUCUACUGCCUCAUCACUCACAUCAGUAUCAACACCCGUUACAGCAACUGCAGCUGCUACGCUAUUAACAACACGUGCGCUACUACUACCGUUGGAUCUGGAGGAGGAGGACGAUGAAGAUAAUGACGCUGAUAUGGAUAGUACUAAACAAAGCAACAACAACAGCAGCAGCAGCAACAGCAACGAAACUGAGCAUGAAAUGCAUCAACGGCAGUGGCGCAAACGGGUCAGCAGGUCUCUUGGCCGAUCAGCAUCCAAUGGCGACGCAGCCAAGGUGCAUCAGAUAUUGACUGAUGAACGAUUAAGGCCGUUUCUCGAUAUUGAUGCGACGGAUGACGAACAAGACGGCACCACGCCCUUGAUUUAUGCUGCUUGUUUUGGCAAGGCGGAUGUGGUUCAUGUCUUGCUUGAUGCCGGUGCCAAGGUGGAUGUCCAAGACAAACGCGGCUGGACGGCGCUCAUGUGGGCUACGACCAACAGCCAUAGCCAAGUUGUGGAGCUGCUUCUUGACCAUGGUGCAUCUUCCAAUGCGAGGUCGGCGCGGGGUCGCACAGCGCUCGACUUCAUUGACACUGAGAAUGAACAAAUGAUCCACAUCAUGUCACAUCUUGAGGACAGCAGUGUUUCAUCCGACUCCCCCUCAAGCAGCAGCACAAGCUCCGCUUUACGGAGAAGAAAGAGCUUCCGUCGUCAUCCUCUGUCUCCUGUCCCUCCAGCAUUGGCUCCAACAUUAGAACGAGAUAACAGCAAAGGCGAAGAAGAAGAAGAAGGAGGGGACGGUGAAGACGAAGACCCGCUCGACUUUUACUAUCAGUCCAACCAAGACACUGAACGUAGCCAUCGCGAGUUGAUGCAGAUCGGCGAGCAAGAAUAUGCAGCUGCUACAGGUGCAAAUCAGGACAGAAACAGCAGCAACAAUAACGACGACGACGACGACGACGACGACGAUGAAAAAGAUGAGCUAGCCAGCUGCGAGGCUAGCAUGCAAUCCAUCCACAAGUUUGACUGGGACAAGUGUCUGCCUGAUCAAAUGUUUGUGUUUAGCGAAGAAAACGUCCAACACAUCCUCGACACGGCCAUUACCAACCUGUCACUUCCGAUGAAGACACAGCAGGAAAUCUGGGUGCCGGCCAACAUCAUCUUCCUAAGCGCACGAUUUGCCCAUUACUAUUCGAGCCGGGACCUCCUCCACACGUUUCUAAACGCAGCUGUUGCCAAGAUCAAUCAUGUGCUCAAGGCAAACUCCGGCGAUGUCCACACAUUAGCGUUUUGGAUGGCCAAUCUGUCCCAGCUGCUGUACUAUCUCAAAAAGGACUCUGGAUUAAUAGUUGCCACCGCCGAGCAUCAGCUCGAACUGUCAGAGCUGAUCUGCGAGACAUACACGUUACUUGUCAUGGACUCGGAGCAGCGGCUAGACAAAAUCUUGGAGCCGGCUAUGCUUGGACACGAGCCCAUCCAGGGCCUGACUGAGCAGGUCGACUUUGCCGACGACUGGCAGCGCCGCUUUUCAUUCUUUUAUCGUCGCAACAGCACACGAAGCAAUGGCGGACGCAAAUCAACUGCAGGCAACAGCAAUACCAAUAACGGCAACUACAGUGAGCCAUCAUCACCUUCUAUCGUGGUCACAACCCCGUCAUCACCACGCAGCUUGUCGCCACAAUCCAUCACAUCCUUAUUAUCGUCAAUUCUCUAUGUGCUGCAGUCCUACGAAGUCCACCCGGCCAUUGUCCUGCAAGCGAUCGCACAAUUUUUCCAUUUCUUGUCAUGCGAGAUGUUCAAUCGGAUUUUAAGCAACAAGAAAUACCUGUGCCGGUCCAAAGCGCUGCAGAUCCGGAUGAACGUGACGGCACUAGAAGAAUGGAUGCGUGAGAGUCAGCUUCCGAGCCAUUUGGCGUCGUAUUUCAACCCAUUGGUGCAGCUGCUGCAGCUGCUGCAAUGCGUCUCGCAGCUGAACGAAUUGAUGCUGUUUGUCAACACCAUGAAAACGUUUGAUGUCCUGAACCCGUUACAGAUCAAACGGUGCGUGCUCAAUUACCGUUAUGAAGUGUCAGAGCCGCGAUUGCCUGAUGAAGUCAACCACUAUGUCAUGCAGAUUGCAGAAGAUACAGUACGUCAGCAACAACAACAACAACAACAACAAACAUCGUAUCGGGGAUCAUGUGAUACAACACGACGAGACAGUUCAUCCACGCGCAGCGCAGGAUCACGACCAACAAGUGUAUCAAGUCUUGGCAGCUUAUUCAUGGCUAGUGUUGUUGGUAGCCACAAGGCCAAGCUUCAGCAGCAACAGCAAGCUCAGCAGCAGCAGCAGCAGCAAAAUGAAGACAACGAUGCUGAUGGUGACCGACAAGACGAUGGAUUAAAAGACAAUGAAAAGCCACAAGAGGAGCAACUACAACAGCAGCCACAGCAAGACAAAGAGGAAAUACGGGACCAUGAGGGACUACGCGAAUGGACGGUCGAGAAACGCGAUAGCCGGUACAUGCUGCCAUUCUCGUUACCGACUACAAGCGGCUGGGGCAAAAAGAUCAGUCCAGCGUGUGAUUCAAACAAUCAUAGUCAGCCGGUCGGCAGUAACAGUGACGGUGGCAAGGCGAGCGAAGCGAUGAGUGUGUCGGAUGCCAUGUGUCAAGAGUUCAAACAAAAGCUGAGUGCGGAACGAGCAAAAACUGCAAGAGAACGUGGUAUCGUGCCGACUAUUCCAGAAGAGUGGAUGGACAGAUUAGACAGCAAUCUUGUCUCAUAAUACGUAACCUCCCUGGCAUCGUAAUAGCAAUAAGAAUAAUAAAAAAGUAC